GACCCGCAGCGGACUAAUUUAAGACCGAGCGCGAGAGACUCAGGUGUUUCAGAUUAUCAGGAACCGGAACUAUGGCUCAGGUGUGCUCUUCUCUACAGCAAGCUCCUCCUCCAACAUGGCUGACCCCUGGGAGAGCACCAUGGACCAUGCCGUUGCCAUAGCACGCAAAGCCGGAGAGGUGGUGUGUGACGCUCUGCGUGGCGACAGGAUGGUGACGACGAAGAGUUCGGCAGUGGAUUUGGUGACGCAGACUGACCAGAAGGUGGAGCAGCUCAUCAUCCAAUCAGUGAAGGAGAAGUUCCCCACCCACAGGUUCAUAGGGGAGGAGUCAGUGGCUGCAGGCGAGUCCUGCAUCCUGUCUGACUCACCCACCUGGAUCAUUGACCCCAUCGAUGGAACGACCAACUUUGUUCACGCGUUUCCUUUUGUUGCCGUUUGCAUCGGAUUUGCUGUCAACAAACAGGUGGAGUUCGGCGUGGUCUACAGCUGCAUCGAGGAUAAGAUGUUCACGGCGAGGCGCGGGAGGGGAGCCUUUUGUAACGGCGAGCCGCUGCAGGUGUCCCAGCAGAAAGCUGUGGAGCAGGCGAUCGUGGCCACAGAGUUCGGAUCGGACCGAGACCCCGAGGUUGUCGAUAAAAUCUUCCAGAGCCUCAGGAACGUCCUGUGCCUCCCGGUUCACGGGGUGCGUGGGGCGGGCUCUGCCGCCAUGAACAUGUGUCUGGUGGCGUCGGGCUGUGUGGAGGCGUACUACGAGAUCGGGGUGCACGUUUGGGAUGUUGCUGCCGCAUCACUGAUUGUGUCCGAGGCCGGUGGGGUGCUGAUGGACGUCGAAGGCGGUGAAGUGGACCUGAUGUCCAGGAGGAUCAUUGCUGCCAACAGCAAAACUGUCGCAGAGCGACUUGUAAAAACGAUCGUCGCCUUCAGCCCUCCCAGAGAUGACGCCGCACCAAGUGACAGGUGUGAGGACAGCACACACCUUUCUGCUCGGAAAGUUUAAAUAAAGUUUGUUAAAAGCCCAGCGUGUCUGCCUGUGACUA